AUGACGGAACGGUGGAUAUCCCAAAAGAAGCAUUACUGCCAGAUCUGCAAUACAUGGCUGAGUGGACACAUUGUGAACGUGAAGAAACACGAACAGUCAACGCGACACUUAGAAAACGCGCGGCAGCAGCUCAAGGAUGCCUACCAACGACACCAGGACAAGCAGAAGCACGAGCGGCUGCUGGAGCGGGAACUGCAGCAGAUGGAGGAUGCUGCUGCUGCUGCCAUGCAAAAUGAUGAGGCCCGCCUGACAUCUCGGGGCGGCGGACCGUCUAGAGUCUCUGGCCCAUCAGCCUACGAGCAACUUCAGGCGCAAAGGGAAGAGAAGGCGAGAAUCGAGCAGUUUUACAAUCAGAGAGGCUCGAAUAAGUGGCCUUCCCUCAGCAGCAUUAGAAGCGACAUGACACUAAGGACCUGUUCUGAAGGAAAUGAUUUUGAGUAUCUGCGUGUGCACGCCGCAGCAGGUGCAAGACAAGCCACUGUCAGCGCAAACAGCGAAGCUAGCAGCAGCAGAAGCAACGGCGACGCCUGGGAGUUUGUGACGGACCAGGGGCUUCCUUUUUUCCGGAAUAAGAUCACUGGGGAUGUUUCUUGGACACCACCGCCUGGCGCAAACUAUGUUGCAGCUUCGGCAGCUGUAACUGCUGCUGCUGCUGCUGUACCUGCAGCUGUCGCUGCAGCUAAUACAGCAACUACAGCUGCUGCUCCAGCACGCCCGGCCUUGCGUAUCCUUUCUGUGAAAAAGCCUGUGAAGCAGGAGUGUCCGAACACAAAGGUGCCCGUACCUCCAUGUACAGCUGGAGCACCUACUGCUGCAGCAUCUGCUGCUGCAGCACCCACUACGACAGUAUGUACCGCUGCAGCACCUGCUGCUGAAGCACCUGCAACGCCUGCUGGUGCUGAAGCGCAAUUGGCCUCUGCUUCUGCAGUACCUGCUGCGGUUGUUGUGGAGCGUGAUGCCGGAGUAGCAUCGUCGGCUGCUGCUUCCACAGCGCCAGUCCAUGCUGCGCGUACUGCUCAAACAAGUGCUUUUGCUGGCGUUGCAGCAGGUGUUUACGCUCCAGUUGCUGCUGGUGGGCCUGUUGCCGACGCAGCUUUUGCACCUGUUGAAGAAAUGCCUGACUUCAUCCCGUUGAGCAGGAGCACAAGUAGCGGCAGCAGCUCCAUCCCUGCGGGUUACGUGUUCAAGAAAGGCCACAGGGGCCUUGGCUUCUACAAGGACAGACCUCCACAGCAGCAGCACUGCCACCAGCAGUGGCAGCAGCGGCGGGGCUCCGGAAACCGUCCAGUGCAACACAAUUGGGGGCACGCACAGCAACGAAAACAGCAAAGCGCCCAACAGCAACAGCAGCGCACGCAAUAUGGGCAGCAGCUGCAACAGCACACGCUCCAAGAUCGACAGCAGCAGCAACAACAGAGAACACCCCUUAAGCGGCCUCGGGAAGAGGCAGACGCAGAAUCAUCUUCCCCCCCAGCUGAUGCUGCUGCUGCCAUUGCUGCUGCAGCAGCCGAGGCUGCUGCAGCAGCAGCAACUCUCUGGGGACCCGGGGCAGCAGCAACUGAGGAGCAGGACAGCAGGAGCGGAAACGAGGGCGGGGUAGCAGCAGGUACUGUAGAAACUGGGGAGGGUCUCGCGCUGGACCUACCGAAGGCCCCUUACAGGGCCCCUAAGACAACAGCUGAUGAGAGUGCGCAAGUGGCUGCUGGAGGCAGCCACAGAUCUGACAACGGAACUAGAGUACACGGCGACAAUUCGGAGGAGGCGGAAGAGGAAAGAGAGGAUGCAACAGCUGCCGCAGCGGCAGAAGACGAAUUUGCUGCAGCAACAACGCAGCGGCGGGUGGUGGUUCAGACAGAGGGCCCUGUAAUUGGUCCCUGGGUGGAAGCCAAGGAAGACGGAUGGGAUGCGAUAGCCCGCAGGCAGCAGCAAGAACAAGAGCAGCUGCUGCUGCUUCAACAACAGCAGCAGGAGGACGCGUUGGAGCACGGCGAGGAGCGGCGUGUGAAUGCUGGCGUGGAGCAACUACGGCGGCUCCGAGCCCAUGUAAAGCGUCGGGGAGUUCACCACGACUUCUCCUGGCACAAAGACGAGGAGGCGGAUUAUCCAACUAGCAACAGCAGCACCAGCAGUAGCGGUCAGGGCAUUGAGAGCUCACAGCGGAUUACACGGUGCUCGGCAUGUAAUCCGCAGAGACGACUGUGGGCUCAGCCGGACGGUGAUUCUGCGGCUCGAGACGUCGCCAGUGUUGCUUCCUGUCUCGUUUCCUCAUCUCAGUUUAAACUCACUAAUCCACAAAAUUUUUUACACACCGCACAGGGGCCUACUGGAUCUUUUAUGACCCUGAUGAGUAUGACUUUAGAGCGGGAGAGAGGGCAGCUGGUGACCACAGCACCAGCCCCAUGCUGUACCAACCAUAGCAGAAGCACCAGCCCAAGCACCACCGACAGCAAUGCCACUGCUAGAAGCAUCAGCAGGACGUGCAGGAAGGGCAGUGGGAGUGUCCGUCUGCAUCAUGCGGAGGAAUUGGAGGCGUUUUUCUGCCCGGGGCUUGGAACCACAGAGGAGAGCAGCAGCGGCAACAGCACUGUCGGCAGCAGCAGCACUGGCAACAGCAGCAGCAAACGUGGAAGCAGCAUCAAAAGCAACAAGGAGAGCAGAAACAUUUUGUCCCGCGCACUUCGCCACUACUGGGAAGUGGGCACCGCUUUUCGAUGGGGCUGUCGCCGGUCCACCACGAUUGGCGUCUCUUGUCUCUUUUACCUGCUGCCGUGCAUUGUGCUUCCGAUCAGCAGCGGCAGCAGCAGCAUCAGCUUGAGGAGAGUGUAUGAGUCGUAUAUGUGGGGUUUGGUGGCUGUGGCGUCCUUCUUGUCCGACUUUGUGUUUUCAGGGCAGCGUCACAACUGGAAAGGAUUCUUGGGCUGGUCCUGGUGUUGUGCUGCUGUUUCCUCAAGUCCCGCAGCACUUCAGCCUCAUCCUAUGACGAGGACACUGGUAGAAGCAUCUGAGGCGAAGCGUCUGUCAUGGAAAAGCGCCGUCUUGAAGUUGGGUGAAGCAUCCGGCAGCAACAGAUUCUGCAGAAUUAGCAGCAAGCUGUGCUGCGGCAGCUGCCGGUUACGUCGCAACAGAAGGGGAUGGGUUGUGCUGCAGCAGCAAGAGAUAGUUGUGAUGUCGGGAGCAGCAGCAGCAGAAGCAAACCCAUGGCCACAACAGGAAGCAGCAAAGAUUGUGGAUGUUCCCCCUGUUCUGUGGGUGUCCCUGCAGCUGCAGCUACCGCUGAUGCAGGCCAGGCCUGUGCUGCCAUGA